GUCGGAAGAAGUUGAAACAUCUCUUCUAUCGACUCUAUCGUCUCACCGUCUUCUCUCAUUCUCUCUGUAUCAGAUUUUCAAUCCGAAGUAAUCUAGAGAUCUCUUUUAAAAAUUCGAAGCAUUUGGAUCGUUUCAGAGGUGAAUGUGUACUUCAUGAAGCUCUGUUAAUUCCCAAUCGUUUCCAUUUUUUCAAACUGAUUUAGAAGAUGCAGAGCCGGGGAUCGAGUAACCGGCUAUCUGGUUUGGUUUUGCGAUCUCCGAUUUCGUCUCUAAUGUUCUCGAUGUUUGCAACAAUAGCUUCACUUUAUGUGGCAGCCCGACUAUGGCAGGAUGCAGAGAACAGAGUAUACUUAAUUAAAAAGCUUGAUAGGGUAACUGGUCAGGGGCAGUCAGCUAUAUCAGUUGAUGAUACAUUGAAAAUCAUUAAUUGCAAGGAACAGCAGAAGAAGUUAUAUGCCCUUGAAAUGGAACUGGCUGCAGCCAGACAGGAAGGUUUUGUUUCAAAGUAUGUAUCAGAGAGAAAUGGGACUCACUCUAAGAGAAGGUUGUUAGCUGUGAUAGGAAUAGCUACAAGGUUUGGCCGCAAGAAUAAUAGAGAUGCUAUCCGGAGGGCAUGGAUGCGCACCGGUACUGCCUUGAAAAAAAUGGAAGAUGAGAAGGGAAUUGUUGUUCGAUUUGUAAUAGGGAGAAGUGCAAAUCGUGGAGACAGUUUGGACAGGGAUAUUGACAAUGAAAAUAGGCGGACCAGUGACUUUGUUGUUCUGGAUAAUCAUGUUGAGGCACCUGAAGAGCUUCCAAAGAAGGCAAAAUUAUUCUUUGUUCAUGCUGUAGAUACCUGGGAUGCUGAGUUUUAUGUUAAGGUUAAUGAUGAUGUUUAUGUUAAUAUCGACGCCCUGGGUGCAAUGCUUUCUACUCAUUUGGACAAGUCUCGUGUUUAUAUUGGUUGUAUGAAAUCAGGCGAAGUUUUCUCUGAGCCGGGCCACAAAUGGUAUGAACCAGACUGGUGGAAAUUCGGUGAUGGAAAAUCAUACUUCCGUCAUGCUUCGGGUGAGAUAUAUGUUAUAUCUCGUGCAUUGGCUCAGUUUAUUUCAAUAAACAGAUCUAUUCUUCGUACAUAUGCUCAUGAUGAUAUCAGUGUUGGAUCAUGGCUUAUCGGUCUUGACAUAAAAUACAUUGACGAGGGGAAGUUUUGCUGUUCAUCAUGGUCUUCAGGUUCUAUCUGUGCUGCAGUUUGAUGGAAUUGUUCAAGUUCACUUGGAAAUGUGAAUCAAGAUCACUGGUAUUUUCUGUUGAGGGUUCUAGAGAGCCUUCGAUGCAAAUAUUCCAACUCCCCAAAUCUGAAAAAGGGUAUACAUUUUAUGAGUUUUGGAGGAGUAGCUUUGGGGUACAAAUGGGGGUGGUGAAGGUGAUCAUUAGAAUACCUGCAAACGAUGACUCUGGAUUCAGGCAAUGAAUUCUGUUGCUCUCAAAUUUUAAUUGAUCAGGGGAGGAAAGGGAUCAUUCUAUUAACUGAUAUACCAUGGUUCAUUGUGACACUAGCAUGAGGGAGAAGUUGGCAUUCUUUUUUUUUUGUUAUACCUACACAAAAUUAUCAGUUAUAGAAAGACAAUUUUAGUUGAGAUUCAAAUAUAUUGAUUUAUUGUUUGAGUUCUGUAAAA